AAAAGCAGAAAGACCGAAGAAAAGCAAAUACAUAAAAACGGCAGCAGCAGCAAAGUGUAUUUUGCGAAAGUGAGGAAUUUUUUUCUUUUUGUUACUUAUUUUUUUAACAAAAUUAUAUAUAUUGCGUUAAACAACACUAAAAUAAAAACGAUUUAGUAAAAUUACUUUAAUAAUUUUUGUUCUAUAACAACGAUUUAAACAUUUUGUUCUAAAUUAAUUAUUUUUAUUAAGCCUAAAACUAUACUUCAAAAAAUUCGCUUAAGAUGUUAAAGCUAAAAAGUGUAGUAAACACAUGCAACGCCACUGCAUUGCGUUCCAUUUCCACUACUGCUUCAUUAAACGAAUCGGAUUCAUGGUUUUCCAAAUUAUUGGUGCGUAAAAUUGAACCCACCAAAGAGCCUCACAGUCGUAUGUUAAGUGACAAAGAAAUCAUUUAUGCUUUGCAUACACACAAUGUCAGGCCUGAUUCAAUGGCUGAAUAUUUAAAUAACUAUAAAACCACUGUACAAUUAAUAAAAGAUAAAAAAGCCAACUUAUCAUGUGAUUUGAUGGCUUCCUGGACCGUCCAUGUAGGCGAUAUGGAUCAAUGUUUGCAUUUAUGGAAAUAUACGGGAGGUUUUGAGAAAAUUGAUAUAGCCAAAGAAGAUUUAUGGCAUGAUAAUGAAUAUAUGAGCCUUAUGAAAGAACGUUCCAAAUUUUUAAGAUCACGUCAUUUGCAAUAUUUGUUGGCCUUUAGCUAUUGGCCACAAAUGGAAAUGCGCAGCGGCAAAAAUAUCUAUGAAAUGCGUUCUUACCGCUUGAAACCUGGCACCAUGAUUGAAUGGGGCAAUAACUGGGCUCGUGCCAUUAAUUUCCGUAAACAUAAUAACGAAGCAUUUGCUGGUUUCUUUUCGCAAAUUGGUCGUCUCUAUAAUGUUCAUCAUAUUUGGUGUUAUAAAUCUUUGGCGGAACGCAAAGACACCCGUGAAGCUUCUUGGCGUUCCCCCGGCUGGGAUGAAUGUGUUGCUUAUACCGUGCCAUUAAUUAGAGAAAUGCACUGCCGCAUUUUGGCUCCUACUGAAUUUUCACCCACCCAAUAAGAUUUUUUGUUAUGUUUUAAUUUUUUUCUUUAAUGUAGCAAAUCAUACAAACAAAAAAAAAACGCUGAAAAAAUUACUAAAUUUAUUGCAAUUUUUUAAAAGUGAUCUUAGCUUCAACGAAACGCACAUUUGAUUUCAUUUUUUAUAUUUAGUUUCUUUAAAAUUAUUGGUAUAUUAGUUUGCAUACAACAUAUAAAAAUAAAAAUUGUUAAAAAUAUGAAUAAUAAAAAAAUAUUGUUAAAAAAUCGAUUGGCUUUAAAGGAAAACAACAACUUUGUUAAUUUUUAAGAGUAUAAAAUUAUGUAUACAUAUGAUAAUAAACUGUUGAACAGCAUUUAUUAAAAUAUAAAAAAAAUAUAUAAA